UUUUAUCCUUUAUAUUGCUGUUCAUUCCAUUUUUAAUUCGCCUUAACUGACAAGUUUGUACAUGGUAGAUGGUGAGCAGAAGACGUUACUGGUCCAUCGCAAAGGCUCCACGCGUGCCUUCCCCCCACAUCAUCCUCUAAUUCCAGUUGAUUACCAGUUAACAGGACAGCCAGUGUUGAUUGGAGGAACAAUGGGUACUUGCAGCUAUGUAUUGACAGGAACUUACAAAGGCAUGCAAGAAACCUUCGGCACAACAUGUCAUGGAGCAGGACGUGCAUUAUCGCGGGCCAAGUCCCGAAGGAAUAUUGACUAUCAACAGGUUCUUGACAAGCUCUCUGGGCAGGGAAUUUCAAUCAGAGUUGCAUCACCGAAGUUGGUCAUGGAGGAGGUAAAUUCAUCAAGAAUUCCAUUUUAUUAACUUUCCAUACACUUGCUUUGUCCCUGCAUUACACUUUCU